ACGUCCCUCGUGCUGCGCACAGUGGGCUGAGCUGAGAGGAAAUGGGCGUGUGUCAGUUCAAAGUACCGUCAAGUACAUUCCAGGACCAGCAUGUCAGUGUUCUGGUCCAAGAGCCGAGUGAAGUAAGAACAGCGUUUCCAAAAGUGUUCACACGCUGAGGGGGAGCCAGUCAAGACGAAGCAGAGGUUUCACCGCGGACCCGAGGAACAGACCACGCACAAAAAUGCCAGGUGAACGGCUGACAGUAAGAGGCACGUCAGAUGUUGGGCGUUUCCCUGGAUCAGCCCCACCCAUCAGGGUGGAGCUGACCAUUCAGAAGGAGGAGGAGAAGAAACAAGAGGAGGGAGGCUGUCUUGGCUGGUUCAGGAAGAUGUGCCCAUGCUGCUGUAAACGCCAGAAUAGCACCUCCUAUGACAUUACAGAUAAGGUAGAAUUUAUAAAAUCCCCAGAGCCAGAGCUCAUCAAGCCAAAGCCUGAGAAUGGAGAAGCAAAGGAAAUGGAAGAAAUGAGGUUGUCCCUGUGUUCAGUGGACCUACUGAGCUCCAAGACAGGUCGGAACAGACUGGAGCACCACACAGACCUGUACCACGGAGAUGAUCUGAUCAUCCGCAGAGGACAGACCUUCCAGAUAGAGCUAGAGCUCAACAGGCCCUUCUGUGCUGACACUGACAAGCUGCUUUUGGACUUGAAAACGGGUUCCCUGCCCAUGGUGUCCAAAGGCACCCAUGUCAUUAUUCCUGUGGUGGAUCACCUGGAGGACGAACGCUGGGAGGCCAAAAUAGUAGAGCAGAACGGCAACAAGAUCAAGCUGUCUGUCAACUCUCCAGCCAGUGCUGUGAUCGGUCUGUAUGGGCUCUCUGUAACGAUCUCCUCUCUGAAGGAUGGGCCUGCAAAUACUCACAACUCCAACAAGAACAUCAUCAUGCUUUUCAACCCUUGGUGUGAAGAGGACACAGUGUUCCUGGAUGAGCAGGACGAGAGGAAGGAGUACGUGCUGAAUGACAUUGGAAGGAUUUACUAUGGCACAGAGAAUCAAAUUGGUGCACGCACCUGGAAUUUUGGGCAGUUUCAUGAGGGAAUUCUAGAUGCGUGCCUGUUUGUUCUGGAGAAGAGUGACAUGCCUCCAUCUGGUCGACGGGAUCCUGUCAAUGUAGUCAGGGUUAUUUCUGCUAUGAUAAAUGCUCAGGAUGACUUUGGGGUUCUGGUUGGGAACUGGUCUGGCAAUUACUCUGAUGGAGUCUCACCUGCAGCGUGGAGCAGCAGUGUGGAGAUCCUGAGGAAAUACCACUCCACCAAUGGAACGCCUGUGUCGUAUGGCCAAUGCUGGGUCUUCUCUGCGGUCACUACAACAGUGCUCCGGUGUCUUGGCAUACCGACCCGCAGUGUGACCAACUUCCAAUCUGCUCAUGAUACCGACACAUCCCUCACUACAGAUGUGUAUUUAGAUGAGAAUAUGGAGCCGAUUGACUACCUCAAUAGUGACUCUGUCUGGAAUUUCCACGUCUGGAAUGACUGCUGGAUGGCCAGACUAGACCUGCCUCCUGGUCAUGGAGGAUGGCAGGCUAUUGAUUCCACUCCCCAGGAGACAAGCCAGGGCACUUUCCGCUGUGGCCCCGCCUCUGUCAACGCCAUCCGCUCCGGCCAUGUCUACCUCAAACAUGACACACCUUUCAUCUUUGCAGAGGUUAACAGUGAUAAGAUUUACUGGCAGAGAAACCUGGAUGGUACUUUCAGCCAGAUCUACGCUGAGAAGAAGGCUGUCGGCCACUACAUCAGCACCAAAGCAGUGGGCUCUGACGAGCGGGCCGACAUCACACACCUGUACAAACAUGAAGAAGGUUCUGAAGAGGAACGUAUCGCUGUGGAGACUGCUAGUCGCUAUGGCAGCAAGCCAAAUAUCUACUCUACACCUAUGGCAGAGGACGUGAAUGUGGAGGUGAGGAUGGCGGGCGAGGGACCCAGGAUGGGUGGCGACGCCAAGCUGAGCAUCUUGGUGAAGAACCUGAGCUCGCAGCCUCGUCGGACCACUCUGCAUAGCCAGGUGGCUGUCAUGUACUACACUGGUGUGCUGAAGGGCACCAUAAAGAAAGAGGAGCUACCUGUGGAGCUUAUGCCCAAUGAAGAAAAAUCCAUUGAGUGGGUGCUGCCCUACCAGCAGUACCAAAACCAGCUGGUGGACCAGGCAGCGCUAUUGCUAACCCUCUCUGGAAAAGUCACUGAAACCCAACAAGUGUUAGCCAGCCAGACCACUUUCAGGCUCCGUACACCUGACCUCAGUAUCACGCCUUUGGGAGAAGCUGUGGUUGGUAAGGAGAUGGCAGCCAAGAUCACCUUCACCAACCCUCUGCCGCGCACACUGAAGGACGUGGUGUUCAGAGUGGAGGGCCUGGGCCUGCAGCAGGGCCAUGAAGUGUUUGUAGGUGACAUUGGUGGUCACGCCACAGCGACGGUAACAGAGCACUUCAUCCCCACCCAGCCUGGACCCAGGAAGCUGGUGGCAUCUCUCGACUGCAAACAGCUCACACAGGUGCACGGAGUGGCUGAUAUAAAUGUUCUUGAACAAUGAGAGGGAGCCGUCAACAUCGUUUCCUGUUCAGUUUUUCUCACAUCGCUUUUGCCUUAUAAAGUGUACACUGUAAUUAUAUGAACAAAGUUAAGUAGCUUAAUUUCAUACUAUCAGAUGUUUUGUAUUACAAAUUUUUUAUAUUUUAAACUAUGAAAAGACAAUUAACAACUGUAGCAUUAUCAGUAUUUAUUUCAUAUAAACUCUCACUUUUGCCUUACACUGUGGUCAAACUGUGGUGAAGAAACAUGCAGCAGCAUAUUGAUAUGUAGGCCUUGACAGGAAAUAAGUGCUUUAAUUAACAAGUAUAUUCAUAUUGUAUAUUGAAGUUAAUAAGCUGUUACAUAGAUUGUCCUAACUAAUGCAUUUCUAGACACUGAAAAAAGCAUGUGAACGUGCAGUCUUGUCUUUGUGAUAAUGUAAAUACAUUAUGUGUAUUACUCAUGCAGCUUGUCAUAAAGUGAACCAAGUAUACGAAAAGUAUAUUCAGACAAAACGGACCUCAUCUUGCCUUAAAUGAAGGAAGGAUACUGUGAAAUGUUUUGAAAGAGAAUGAUGCUGAAAUUGGCACCGACAUUCAAAGGGCACACUGGAAUUUCCCAUGUUGCCGAAAUGAAAAUAGAAAGAUAGUUUUUCUGUACGAGUUAACACCGAUUUCCAAAAAUUGAAUUCUACAAUGACAUGGGUUAUUUUAAUAAUCAGAUGAAAUGAAGUUAUCCCUGCUUUCCUAACAAGCUAACAGUUAAUUCACCAUAGCUUAUAAGAUUCUAGCCUGUUUAACUUCAGCAUUCAGUAUACAAUGUGAAAGAGACUAUUUUAAUACCAUUACACUAUUUAUCUACCUAGACCAGUUUUUUUAUUGUAUUGUCAAUAAAACCUGCACUGAACCGAUGGCCUGACAAGUCUUCACUGGUUAGAGAUUAGAGAGGGUGAAAUUAUGAUGUAAUUCUGAGAACACAGAGGAAACAAGCACCAGCCUGUAACUUUUAAUUUCUUCAGUGUAGAUGUUUAAUCAUUUAGACAAAAUGGGUGUUGCAUGAGGGACAAUAACCAACAAGUCAUUUCAACUGUGAAACUUGAGGCGACACACCCAAGGUGCAUUUCAUUAUAUAAGACACUGAUAAUGUAUAUAUUUAUAAGUGUCUCCUGGGUACAGAGCUGAUGACUAUAAAGUAGUGACGAUAUUGGAACUGUGACCUACAUAUUGUGCUGUUUUUCCCUUUCCUCUGACAUUUUUGUGGUUAACAAUGGCAGACAGUUAAGGUCAAGCUAUAAAUGUCUGAUGCUUGUCCACACCAUGUUCUCUGAUUCAUCUCUUAUGCUGCUUCCCAGUUUUUUGAUGCACAUUGUAGUGCUGUAGUCUGUCUUUUGACUCUAUAUUAACUGCAGUCUGUAAAGACAUGCAUGGCACGAAGGGUGCUGAUGGGAUAUCACUGACUAUAUUUACUCAAGUUCAAUAUUAAGUUGCAUGGAUUUAAUGCUACUUUAUAAUUCUUGUCCACCUCUUUACAAAAAAUACUGGAUUAUCUACUCUUGUAUUUAUUUGACAGCAAGUGACAACAGAAAGUGAGUUUUUGUAUGUAAAGUUUGAGUUCAUAAAAUAUUUAAACACAUAUGUCUAAUAACUGCAUAAGUGGUAAAGAAUAAAUGUACUACAUUUUAUCAAAUACAGUAA